UCUAAAGGCAAGAUUUCUAAUUUCUCCUUAAGCUAUAGUGAUGUCUAAUUAUCCCAACCAAAUGUUCAGACCAUCACGAUAUGUAAGACUAUUGAGCUCACUUGUUCUCGUCAUCGGUCUAGUGAUUUUUGCUGUUUUCUCUCAGACUAGUCUUUUUGAUGAAACUAAGAAGACUGCUGUAGUGAACCCUAAAAAGAUAAGUCAGCAAUUUUUUCGGUCUUUGAGCUUGGACGGAUCCCUACCAAUAUGCGAUAAAGGACUCCUGGAGAUAAUCAAUUACCCCCAACAAAGUUGCCAAGUGAAGUGGUACGGGAAGAGGGACACGGCGGAAUGUCUCGAUGCCAUUUCUGGUGGUAGAAUGAUGGACGGAAAUACCGCAUCGCCUAGGAAGUUUCUGCAUUUCGUUUUCCUAGGCGAUUCAAGGAUAAGGCAACAUUUUUACAAUUUUCUCAAGUUGAUUCCAGAUUACGAUCUAGAGUUUGGGACACUGCUGGAGGAUUAUCGACUUCAUCAGAACCUCAAUGUUACCAGCCGAAUUUUAAAUAUGUGCGUUUCCUUUUACUGGGAACCGUUGCUCGAAAACACUACGAAUCAUAUUCUAUCUCAGUGGGAUUCAGAUCAAGCCGACAGUUUGACCAACAGAGUGAUUCUCUUAGGUGUGUCUAUACACCACAUCAGGCUGGAAGACGAAGACAACGGUUACGAACCCUACAGACAAAAAUUGACGGAGCUGGAGCCAAUCCUUCGUCGCAUCACUAAACGGAGCACUGUUAUUUGGUUGAAUCAGUACUCGGUCAUUGACGAUCCUUUUACAGCCUUCGUAAUACACGAGCACAUCAGUAACAUCGUUUCCAUCAGAGUGUCCAUUCACCAAUACAAUCUUUUGGCUGAGAAUAUCUUGAGACACAGCGGCGUAAUCGUGUGGAAUACUGGGAGCCUCUUGACGGACGAAUACAUUCGCGGCUGCUACAUUCAAAUUCGAGAUGAUCUUGAGUACCAAUCUGCCAAAGCAUAUUUCAGUUGCUCCGAUUUACUUCAUCCGGGCUUUGUGGUAAUGUCUCAGGCCAUUCAACUUAUUCUUAAUGAAAUAUGUAAUGGCUUGAUGGUGAGCAGAGAUUGACGAUUUUACCUUUCUACUAUUACUGAACUUGUACAGCUUCGAAUAUUAUUAUUUAAAACAAUAAAAUAAAUAACCUUGCUCUUGGGUUCCGUGUGGGGAGUUUCUUGACGACUGCUGAAGGCGUGGAUAGUUCAACGCACGUUUUUACGCUAUAACAU